AUGGAGGCCAUCCUGGCACAGCUCCCUGCCGCGCUCAGUGCGGCCACGGUCCCACUCAUGGAGAAGUAUGAGGAGCGCUUCAACCAGCAGCUACGACGUGUCGACGGUGAAGUCCAUGCACAGCGUGCUCGAUCGGACCUGCUCGACAGCACUGUGGCGGGCAUCGCUCACCGGCUAUCGCAUUUGGAAAAAGAGCUCGACCUGGCAAAGGCGAAGCCGCGUCCUCCCGUUGUACCGAACCCAGAGUGGGACAGGGAAGUGGACCUCUCCAUCCUCACGGUGCGGGCAUCCUCUGCGGUGGCUAAGAAUGCUGUGGCGGCGGCCCUGGCUCCUUGGCUCACCGAAGCAAACGUCCCUCUCGGGGACGGUGUGGAACUGCAUGGAGAUGACGUCGCCAAAUCUUUUACUCUUGCAUUUCAAGGCCCCAUGGAAGCAACCCGUACCUCGAGAAGGAGUCAGGCCCAGCAGCAGCUCCGACUGCCAAAUGGGGCGUGGCGUGCAUUCCGUGUUGACGUGGGCACUGAGUCGGUGCCGAUCCAUGUCUCCGCGGACAAGAACAAAAAGAUGGUCGCCACAGAGAUUGCCUGCAAGAAGCUGCAACGGGGUCUCACCGACCGUGGCAUCCGUACAUUUCUCGACAAGGACAAUGGUCAACUUCUGGCCAAGUGGGAGCCCUUGGUGCGGGUGCUCCCUUUACCUGCAAGCAGAACGCCGAAGGUGGAAUGGAAUCUCCCUGCACUGGCCGACGCUGGCUUGUCCAGGGAUGAGGCCAAUGAGCUUGCUCGCCAGGUCUUCGACACACGAUUCAGCCCUGCAAAGUCACAACCCCACGGCCACAUGCUCUCCGCGUUCGGCAUCGUCGGGGACAACUGUGGCCACAUGUACUUCACCUUCUGGGCCAUGUUCUCCGAGUCAGACCCCUUCCUCGGCGUCGUCUCUUUCAUCUUCUCCCCCGUCUGCAGCCUCCCCCAGUACUGCGUCGACGGAAGGGCGUCCCGUCCUGGCGACUCGAGCUGGCUGAAGAUCUUCAGGGACAUGACGGAGCUCGCCUCGGAG